AUGUUGUGUGUAUCUGCUCUAUAUUUCAUUAGUAAGCAAAUUAAUCAACGUAAUGAAAAACCAUUUUGUAUAAAUAUUUCGCUAUUUUAUAGUUCUAGUAGUAAUAUAAAAAAACAGUAUAAUGGAGGUGAACACGUUUUCUACAAAAAAAAGGGUAAAGUUUUCGCUGAAUACUCAACAAAAAACGUAGAAUCCGUGGAUAAAAAUGUCCAGGUAAGAUUAUUAUUUCUCUUAUAUCAACUAACUUUCUGCCUGUGGCUGCUUUCAUUCAAUGUGUCGACCUCAGAGGUCAUGUCGAAACAUAAUCUGAUUCCCGCUCUUGCUGACAUUCUCAAUGAAUCGGUCAAGGAGAAGGUGACCCGAAUCAUUUUAGCCUCUUUCCGUAAUCUUAUUGAGAAACCUGAAGAUCCUGAAGUAUCUCGAGACAAUGCGAUUACUAUGGUUCAGGGAAAAGUUUUAAAACAAUUGGAUAUUCUUAAACAGGCUGGUAAUAAAUACGAAGAUCCUGAUUUAUUGGAAGAUAUUGAAUUUCUUUAUGAGAAAUUACAAUCAUAUGUUCAUGAUUUAUCCUCUUUCGAUGAAUAUUGUAACGAGAUUAAAUCAGGUCGACUGGAAUGGUCACCAAAUCAAAUUUUGGAAACUUCAAAAGAUCCUCUCGUCUUAAGUGUGGCCAUUCAUGAUAUCGGUGAAUACAUUCGUUAUUAUCCUCGAGGUAAAACAGUAAUUGAAAACCUCAACGGUAAAUAUCUGAUCAUGCAAUUGAUGGACGACGCUGAUCCCAAUGUCAAGUACGAAGCUCUACUUUGUGUCCAAAAACUGGUCGUUCACAAUUGGGAAUAUUUAGGAAAACAAUUGGAAAAAGAGAAAGACGGACAAGUUGGCGGAAAGAAACCGAUCUCAGUGAUGGGAUGAGGAUAACAACAAAGAUUCUCUUCCAUUUUGAAACCAACAACAACAACAACAACAUAAGCGAUGAUAAGAUUAAAACACUCGAGAUGGAAAAAUAAAAACAUAAGCAUAAUUCAUCACAAUUGAAAAAUCAAUUUUUACCAAAUCAACAUUCCCGAACCCGAAAAUCAUUAUUAAUCCAGAUUAAGUGAACAACAAAAAGAAAACGAAGAUAUUUCAACAGUUUGUUUUCUCUCUUUUUUU